AUGGGAAGUGGCACUCAAGGAGUUGAUGGUAGACUUCCCCUUUACCCACAAUCACAUGCACUUACUGCCACAAAUAAAGAAAAUUUUCCUAAACAUCUGCCCAACAGCACAUCCGUUGCAAUCACUGACCCAUAUGUGAUCUACCAAAACUAUAUUCUGCUGGGACUUUUGGAAAAAGACGAGUCUCAGCUUCGCGUCAUGAAAGAGUUUCAAAAACUAUACCACCGAGUCAUUGACUAUACACCGCCAGAGGAAUUGUCUAUUAGAUUGAGUCUCAUCUUACGAGAUAUCGAAAUGAGACAAAUAGAGCAUGACCGUUAUGCCAAACUGCCCCUACGGUACUUGAGAAAAUCACCAGAAAAGGAGAGAAAGUCAAUGAUUAGAUUUAUGACUGAUGAAGAAGAGUUGCGCAAUUUCGCAUCACCGCAAGGACUAUUAAUCAAUGGCGAUGUAGGGUCCGGGAAGUCCUUGUUGAUGGAUAUAUUUGCUUCGUCGUUACCGCACAAGUCCAAAAUGCGAUGGCAUUAUAACAAUUUUAUCCUUUGGGUGUUUAAUGAAAUGCACACAAUCCAACAACACCGAUCCAGAACAAUGGAUAAAUAUUCGUUAGACCAGAAACAUAGCUCUAAAUAUACAAUGGAGAAUGAGUUUAUUUUAUAUGAAGUUGCACAAAAGAUGAUACAGAAAAAUACGAUUUUGAUGCUUGAUGAGUUUGUGCUACCUGAUAUUGCAAGCGCCAAUAUAAUCAAGAUUUUGUUUACAUUCUAUUUCAAGUUGGGUGGGGUAUUGGUUGCUACUUCCAAUAAACUCCCCGAAGAGCUUUACUCUACACAAUUCCACAAGCUCAAAUUCAAAAGCUUUGUGGGAAUUUUGAAUUCAAGAUGUAAUUCUAUUGACAUGAAGUCGGGAAAAGAUUAUCGUACAUAUUUUGCUAGCGAAUCUACACAGGAACCAUAUUUGGUGGUGAAAAAGGAUAAUGCAAACGAAGAGAAAGAAUGGGACACAAUGAUCAAAACUAAAGCCUUGGGUAUAUCACCAAAUUCACUGGAGAUGUCCAAACCUAUAAAGGAACUAGGUCGGCCAUCAAAAGUUACGGUUUACAAUCGAGAUACUCAUAUCCCACUCACCUUCCACAACGACACUAUAUGUUAUUUGGAGUUUGAAGAGAUAUGUCAAGGUUUAACCUCGGCAUCCGAUUACAUCACCAUUGCGUCCAAGUACAGAACAAUCAUUCUUGACAAUGUACCAAUUAUGACGACGAAAAUGAAGAACGAGGCACGGAGGUUUAUCACUUUGCUUGAUGCCAUAUAUGAAGCGCGAUGUCAGUUUUUUAUGAGGUCCCAAGUUGAUGUUGACUACUUAUUCUUUCCCGACGCAUUAAAAGUUGAGGAUGAUAAAUUCAUUGAGUACUUAAAGAUCCAUCUCAAAUUUGAAGGGAACGAGGAUAGGUUAGAAGUUCAAGAUGAAGAAAUGUUUGCCAAAACUGCCAUUGCUAUGGAGAAUCCAUAUAGGCCUAAUAUUGCCUCAUAUGAUCAAGAGAAUACCGAGUUUUACAGCGAGGAAAAAAAUUAUAGAGAAGGUGUAGCAAGAAAAAGCAAUUAUGCAAAUAUUAAAGUUUUUACCGGAGACGAUGAAAAGUUUGCCUUUAAGCGAGCUGUGUCAAGAAUCAGGGAAAUGGUUGGUUCUGAUAUUUGGAGAAAACAAAGUCGUUGGGUCCCUAUAGACGAUUCGAUGCGACCAUGGGAGAAUGUAUUAAGCAAGAAAGAGGAUUAUAUUAACCGUCAACAAAACUCCAAAAUGGAAGAUCUGAUACGACUCAAACAGUUGUUGGAAGAAAAGUCUGUAAGUGAAAUUACAAAAGAGAUUAGUGAUACUUUGCCGAGACAAUAUUCUCUGAAUCAAACGAUUCCGUUUCGGUUGUUUAACUCAAAGAUUGCGCCCGUGUUCAGCAGUUUACUGCAUUUUUGGGCUAUGGGACCAUGGAACAGCGAGCAAGGCAAAAGAUUAAAGGAUAGUAUAGGCAAGUCCUGGAUACGAUCAAGUAUUAGAAAUGAUAAAUAG